AUGCUCUUCACCUUUUGCCCCUCAGCGCUGGACACUUCCAUCAAAUUCGUACGCGCUCGAACCGUGUAUGAAAGGUUCUCCAAUGUAUCAUUCCAGAGUAUCUCUCGAUUCUCUUCCUAUCGACACCCGGCCGAUCCAUCUGUUUCAAACCCUGGCCCCCACUUGGUGUGCGAAAAGGCCGAUCGGGAAACAUAUCGACAGAUCUUGAUCAAUGCCGAUCAACACAACCUCGAGUAUACAUUUCAGCUGCUUAUGAAUAUUGUCAGGCGACCUUGCCUUGGCCAUUUUGUGAAGAAGAUUGAGUAUGUGCACAGACCUAUCAGUCGCAAUCAGGGUGGUGGUGACUACGUCUUCCCUGAAUUACCGUAUCAGCGGGAUUUGGGCGCAGAUGAUAUGCGUCUUCUCAGACGCGCGGUAGAAAAUGCGGGAUUUAAGGAUGAGAAAGAGGAGUCUAUUAUCACUAUGCUCAUGCAAAAAGAAUUGAACCAGAACUUAGGCCACUACACUACCGCUGGGAGGCACAGGCUUGGUAUCUAUCAUAUUGCACCCGUGUUUAUCACGCAAGCUAUUGCCGCCAUAUUCGUGUCCAUGUCACCAAAUCUUGAGACCAUGGCUAUGGCACAGCCUUUCGAUCGCCGCGGAGAUCUUGAGGAAGGAGAAACAUGGGCGAAAGAAUUCCCACUCGUUGAAGUUUUCCGAUAUGCCAAUUCUCGCCCUGAUAGAUGCCACUAUCUUCAGAAACUGCGCGAUGUAUAUUUGGUUAACAGAGAAGCCCAGAGGUACAGUGAUUCGCGGUUCUAUUACGACGAUACGGAUUUAAUUGCUUGGCUCAAGCUUUUCAACAAACUACCAUCAAUCGAGUCCUUCGGCAUCGAUGUGCUUGGUGAAAACGAGAAUGAUGGGAAACCGAUUUGUGAAGACCGCGGUUCGAAUAUCAGCAAGAUUCGCAUAAAUCACUCGAUGGUAACCUCGAGUUAUCUCCUGUGCGUCAUGGCAUCAAGCAAAAUUAUCAAAGAACUCCAAUACACUAUUGGGGGAAGAGGCGACGCCCUUGACGAAGGAUAUCACCUGUUCAACCCGAAAGCCUUUAUCAAAGCGUUAUCUGCACACAAGCAAACACUAGAGGUUCUCGACAUGGAUACCGAAAUGCAAACCUAUACUUACCCUGGUCAGCUACAACCGGGAGGCUCUUAUCCCAUCGACUGGGAUGCAGUCGGGGGCCCUGGUGAAUUUGACUUUGACUUAUACGCAGAGGAUGAGCUAGAUGAGAAUAUGGACGAGCUCAAGAUGCACCGAUACUUGACAUCUAUUUGGGACCGCAACGCAUCAUUGAAAGAAUUUGGGGCACUAAAAGAAUUGAGUUUGGGAAUCGGACUUUUGAUUUAUUUCUCCCAGGGCGUGGAAAUGGAUAAUGCGAAAAGAAGCAGUGUUAUGCUGGUAGAUUCUCUGCCUGAUAGUCUGGAAUAUCUUUCUAUUCGGGGAUAUCGAAAGGGGGUCAACGUAGCACAUGAUGCACAGGUGACUGCAUUGAUGGACCGGUUCAAGUCGGGAUCUUUGAGGUUGAAGGAGAUUAAGGGGGUCUAUGAGAUGAUUCCAAAUGGGGAAAAUGUGGAAAACCCAGAUCAAAAUGAACACUUGUUGUGGUCUUUUGAGGAGAUUGGAUAUUCGAAUUACUAG